CUCCGCUGCCGUAAGUCCCAAAAGAAAAAAUAUUAAAAGGGAAAGAAAGUAGAAAAUUCUAGCUCCAUUUUUUCUUCGGCCAAACAAACAUUUCUCUUUGUUUUCCUGUGUCUUGAGCUUUGCAAUUUGCGGCCUGAAAAUGGGAGUGCAAGAAACUGACCUGCUCGCUCAAUUGAGCUUACCACCGGGUUUUCGUUUCUACCCGACCGAUGAGGAGCUUCUAGUGCAAUAUUUGUGUAGGAAAGUUGCUGGUCAUCAAUUCUCUUUGCAAAUCAUUGGUGAAAUUGAUUUGUACAAGUUUGAUCCAUGGGUCCUACCAAGCAAAGCAAUUUUCGGUGAGAAAGAAUGGUACUUUUUUAGUCCCAGAGACCGCAAGUAUCCAAACGGGUCCCGACCCAAUCGUGUUGCAGGAUCCGGGUAUUGGAAAGCCACUGGUACCGAUAAAAUUAUCACCACAGAGGGGCGGAAAGUUGGUAUCAAGAAAGCUUUAGUGUUCUACGUCGGAAAAGCUCCAAAAGGGACCAAAACGAAUUGGAUCAUGCACGAGUACCGCCUUUUCGAAUCCUCUCGCAAAAAUGGAAGCUCUAAGCUUGAUGAUUGGGUUUUAUGUCGAAUUUAUAAGAAGAAUCCGGGUGCCCAAAAAUCCAUCUCAGGUGUUUCAAGCAAAGAACAUAGCAACAAUGGAUCUUCUUCUUCUUCGUCUUCUCAUCUCGAUGAUGUUUUGGACUCGUUGCCCGAGAUUGAUGACCACGUCUUUGCAUAUCCUGGCACCAACCCACUAAGAACAAUGCAACCCCUUGAAGAGAAAAUCAACUUCAACGGUCUGGGUUCUGGUAAUCUUGAUUGGGCGAGUCUUGCCGGGUAUAACUCGGUGCCUGAAAUCGUUCAGAGCGGGCAAACUCAGGCUCAAACUCGAGGGAUGGUGAAUUGCGUGAAUAACGGUAACGACCUGUAUGUCCCUUCGUUACCGGCGCAGAUAGGACACAUGGAUUCAAAGUUAGGCAACAACUCUGUUGAAGAGGAGGUUCAAAGCGGUGUAAGAAACUCGGGGUUAUUUCAACAAAAUUCGAGCCUAUUGACUCAGAACUUCUCUAACCCGAUUGACCCGUAUGGGUUUAAGUACUCGACCCAAGCGGGCAGUGGAUUUGGGUUUAGACAGAAUUAGAGCAGAAUGCAGAGGCGCAAAAUUCUUUUUUUUUUCUGUAGAGAAAAAUAAAGAGGAGUGCAUUUCUGUAAAUAUUUAGCAUUCUUUGGGGCUAGAAAACUUUUUGAGUUUAGAUUCCAAAAAGAUUAGGAGCUUUAUUGUCAAUUAGUUUUUUUAAUUACUAUUAUUAUUAAAUUUUUUU